UGUUAUUUACUUACAUGUCUUGUAUUUUUCUCAUAAACUGUUUUUUUGUCAGUUAUUAACGGUUUUUCUCUCUUGAGUUACAAGUUUCAUGGUUUUUUACGAUGAUGUCAAUGACAUUUUUACUUCUCCUUGCAUUAUUACCAUUGAUUCAUGCAUUGUCUUCUUCUUCUGUUUCUACACAUCAUUUGCUUUCUAAGCCACUUAUUGGAGAAGAUGAUGGAAGAAUCUAUGUUUGUUCUGAUCAAACCUUUUUGGCAUUUCAAAACAAUGGUACCAUUGAAUGCUCCAUUCAUCUUGAUUACAAAUGUAAUCUUGCUAUGGCUCCGCUUCAUGGUGGUAAUGGAAAGAUAUACUUGGUAGCUGAAAAUAGAAUAUUGAUGAUUAAGUAUGGAAAAAUUGCAAGUUCUGAAGCUGUAGUAGAAAUUUUCUAUGGUCCAGAAGCAGGUCAACAUGCAGAAACUGAAAUUAUUGGGCUCUCAGUAAGCACAUUAAGCUCAGAUGUAUUCAUCAAUAUCAAGAAUCAAGGACUCUUUGCUUAUUCGUCACGCGGACGUUUUCUUUGGAGUGUAGGACCUGUGCUUUACCAGUUUGGUUACCGUCAAGGAUGCAGAAAAAAUCUUACAGAUUGUUCAUUUGCAUCAGUUCCUGUGCUUGAUCAAUGUGAGGCUAGUAUUUAUAUUGCAAACACAGAAGGAGAACUGUAUUGUUUGUCAGUUCGUGGCCGUGACUUUAGAUGGAUACAUGAUUUUAGUUCAUUAGACAAAAGUUUCACAAUAACUCCUGGAAACAAUGGUCAUCUUUAUGUAACAUUUCCAACAAAAUCUCUUGUACUAGCUUUGGAUGUCUUUUCUGGUAAUAUCUUGUGGCAGAACACUAUUGGACCAUUAAGCAAAAUUGACUGUGCUCCUGUUGUGGACUCUAAUGGAUGGAUAUCUAUUGGUUCAUUGGAUGGAUUCCUUUACUCAUUUUCGCCAACCGGGAUACUCAAGAAAUUCUCAAGAAGAAAUGCAGAGAACUCUAUUGUUCAAGUUGGUCCUUUUCUUGAUUGUUCAGGAUUUGCUGUCUAUAGUUCACAGAUAGAGAUGGAAGGAAAAGUUAGCCACAGUAUUGGCGAAUACACCGUUGUUUCGGCAAUUCAACCGAAAGCUGCAAUAUUCACUAUGUUGGUUCCUGCUACUGGAUCAAUCUAUUGGUCUCAAGUCUAUCCUGGUACAUGUUUUCUUUGCCAAUUCCUCGUGAGUAAAGGGGACAUGGACUGUCAGCUUUCAACUUUAUUAUCCAAGAGUGAUCUAAGUCAAUUUGUUGUGAAUGAGGAGAUUCUUCUUACAUUCCUUGCUGCCUCAAAGGUUGACACCCCACUGCAAUGCCGUACAACAGGUCAGAAGCUUGCAUCUAGCUGCUCUCAAGCAAGGAAUAAGCUUGUCAACAUCUAUUCAGGCAAUGAAAGGGCAAUAGAAUUGUUUCUGCUGUUUGAGUCAUUUCUGUUGGUGCUAAUAAUUGGACUUGUAAGAUUUUGCUGUACAUUUUGGGCAAAAAAGAAACUUCAAGAUCAAGGCCUUGGAAGUUUCCUUGACAAGAGAUGUUCUCUUCAGCUCCAAAAGAAAGCUUUGGUUAAGACAAUUACUGAGCUUGAGAGAAAAGCUGCAAAGGAAUCAUUGGACAAUGAAGUUUUCCAAAAGUUAGGUGAUAUAGUAAGAAAAAAGGAAUGCAUUGAAAGGAAGUUAUCAACCACCUACAGUUUAGGCAGGGACCGAACUAACUCACAAACAAAAUCUAUGCUUCCUUUACAAAUUGGAAAAACACAAAGCUACUCGUUUCAAGGUACAAAGAAGCAGAAGCUGAUGAUGUUUCACACAUUGAGUGAUACAUCUAGCGAAAGCAGCAAUGAAGAUGAGACAAGAAUGCUCGAGGUAAUAGAUUCAUCUGUUAAGGACAAAGGAAAAAGACCUAUGGUAGAGGUUGCUUCAACUUCAAGUAAUGAUUAGAAUGUUACAAAUCAUUUAGAUGUAACUUGACUCGAGAAGGGAAAUGAGAGAUCCAAAAAAGAGUGUUGGCAUUUGUUUAAAGAGAAAAGAAAACUUUAAUUUUGAUUGUUAUAGUAAUGGAUCAUGCUAACAAGUGUCUUAAUUUUCAAAUGUUCUAUAGAAAUUGUUCUGACAGUGGUUGGAGUUAAUGUUAGUAUUUCAUGUUGUAGUAAAUAUAUUUAUGUACAUAGUUAGUCAUGUAUCUAAGUAAUAUCAUAUAUGCCCUUAGGAAGUAACAAUAUUGUUAAUUUACUUGUAAAUGUAAAUAUAUUUACUACUAACAGUAUAUAAAUAGAAGA